UUUCACCCUUGUAUUUAGUUGAUAUGUAUUAGGGCUUCCCCGCGGCCUGACGUCAUAUCGGGGAUGGGCCGAUCCAGCAUGAUACUCAUUGCCUAAAAGAGUCACAAUCGAUGGCCGGGAGAAAGGAGUUAAAACUUUCGUUGGAAGGUUAAGAGUUAUUUCAAUCAAUUCCUUUAGACGACGCGUAUACUACGACUGACAAGUCCGCAGCAUAUCCUGACCACAAUGGCUUUCGCUCGCAGAUUAGCUAUCCUCCCUGGAGGUCUAGGUGGCCUGGGUACCAGCAUAGGCAAGAAACUCAGAAAACAAGGCGCUCACCUCGCCAUCCUCUAUGCCCCCUUCGAAGCUGCCUGGCGAGAGGGGCUUCUCCGAUCCGGCUAUGGAGAAAUUUCCAGCGACGCAAUUCGUACCUAUGAAUGCGAUAUUACUUCCCCAUCAUCAGUCGACUCUGCCUUUGGCGCCCUGGAGCGGGAAAUGACCAGACCGUCUCCAACAACCCAGAGCGACGGGGCCUUGCCGAGCAUUCUCAUCAACACCGCCGGAUAUGUCUCGCUCAGUGACAUGGAGAAGACUCCACCAGAGGAGACCAUGAAACAUUUGACCACCAACGUCCUUGGCCCAAUGCUCUGCUCGCAGGCCUUUGCGCGACUCUACUUUGCCGCCUCUAAGCCUGCAGAAUCAUACCCGAAUCCGUUCUCCCCCGGCCGAAUUGUCAGCAUUGCAUCGCAAGCUGCGCAUGUGGCACUGCCGCGACAUGGGGCAUACUGCGCUUCCAAGGCUGCGUUGCUAGGAUUGACUCGCAGUAUGGCGUCAGAAUGGGGAGGACGAGGUAUCACUGCCAACUCCGUAUCACCGACGUCGGUGCGGGAGGCUUUUUUGAAGACUAUUCCCACCGGCAGGUUCGCGCUUCCUGAGGAGGUUGCGGAUGCUGUUGUCUUCCUUUGUCAGGAUUCGAGCGGCAUGGUUAAUGGUGCGGAUAUCAGAGUUGAUGGCGGCUUUACUAUCCAAUGAUCGCCUUGAAUAUCUCCCGUAUGCCUGAUCAUGCUAUUUUAAUGUGGUGAAUUAAUCUUUCGAGUUCUUAAUAUCUGAUUAUGAUGCUGGGCAUAGAGUGUAUCUUUAUGCCUUCCUCAAGUUAGAUCCUUAUCUACUGCUAUCAG